AUGUCAUCUUUUCCACAGAGGGUUUGUCCUGCUCUGUUGUCACUUCUCUUGCCGUCCGUCGUCGCCGCUCAAGAGGAGUCCACUCUGCUGGCGGGGUGGCGCGAUGUGUGGCUCUUUCGCUUCCUAGUGAACGUGCUGGGAUACUCGACCAUCAUUAUCCCCGGAUACCUCCUCAUCCGCUACUUCAAACGCACCAAUUACUUAGACACAGGUAGUGGAUUCUUCUAUAUGAUCGUCAAGUCUUGCGUCUUUGGAAACGAGGCAAAGACGGGCUUGUUGGACAAUGUGUCAGUCAACUCCAGGAAUGAGGGGGAUUCGGGCUCGCCCCUCCGACAGGCUCUAAGGUUGAUCUUUUGUGCUGCUGGACUUCAGGCGUCCUACCUGACAUGGGGGGUCCUGCAGGAGAGGGUCAUGACCCGUUCGUACGGCGCCUCCGCUCCAGAUGAGGAGGGCGAGCGAUUCAAGGACUCUCAGUUUUUGGUUUUUAUGAACCGUAUUUUGGCCCUGACAGUGUCGGGCCUGUGGUGCUUUCUGUUCAAGCAGCCCCACCACGGCACACCCAUGUACAAGUACUCUUUCGCCUCGCUCUCCAACAUCAUGAGCAGCUGGUGCCAGUACGAGGCGCUCAAGUACAUUAGUUUCCCCACUCAAGUCCUGGCCAAGGCCUCUAAGGUCAUUCCCGUCAUGCUCAUGGGUAAGCUCGUUUCCCAGAAGAGCUACGAGUACUGGGAGUACCUGACGGCCAUGCUUAUCUCCGUGGGGGUCAGCAUGUUCCUUCUGUCCAGUCCCGCCGACAAGCAUCCGCCCAGGGUCACCACCUUCAGCGGCGUGGUCAUCCUAGGGGGCUACAUCGUCUUCGACAGCUUCACGUCCAACUGGCAGGACAACCUGUUCAAGUACAAGAUGUCGUCAGUUCAAAUGAUGUUCGGCGUCAACUUGUUCUCGUGUCUCUUCACCGUGUUCUCGCUGCUGGAGCAGGGCGCCUUCUUCGACUCGGUGGCGUUCAUGGCGCGCCACUCCGAGUUCGCCUUCCACGCCGUGCUGCUGUCUGUGUGCUCGGCGUGCGGCCAGCUCUUCAUUUUUUACACCAUCAACCAGUUUGGCGCCGCCGUCUUCACCAUCAUCAUGACCCUGCGGCAGGCCUUCGCCAUACUCCUCUCCUGCUUCCUAUACGGCCACUCCGUCACCAUGCUCGGUGGCAUCGGCGUGGCCGUGGUCUUCCUCGCCCUCUUUCUGCGGGUUUACGCCCGUAGUCGGAAGAAGUCGGGCCGACGGCAGGCGCCGCCGCAGAAGGUGUAG